UCGGUGAGCCCGGGAGCGGAGCGAGGCUGCCACCUACUUGGGCGACCUCAGCAGCAGGGGAGCGUCGGGGGCCGGCGCAGCCAUGCGGGCGGCGGCGGGGGGCGCGCGGACGGCCGCGCUGGCGCUGCUGCUGGGGGCGCUGCACGGGGCGCCGGCGCGCGGCGAGGAGUACGACUACUACGGCUGGCAGACCGAGCCGCUGCACGGGCGCUCGUACUCCAAGCCGCCGCAGUGCCUCGACAUCCCCGCCGACCUGCCGCUCUGCCACACUGUGGGCUACAAGCGCAUGCGGCUGCCCAACCUGCUGGAGCACGAGAGCCUGGCCGAGGUGAAGCAGCAGGCGAGCAGCUGGCUGCCACUGCUGGCCAAGCGCUGUCACUCGGACACGCAGGUCUUCCUCUGCUCGCUCUUCGCGCCCGUCUGCCUCGACCGGCCCAUCUACCCGUGUCGCUCGCUGUGCGAGGCCGUGCGUGCCGGCUGCGCGCCUCUCAUGGAGGCCUACGGCUUCCCCUGGCCCGAGAUGCUGCACUGCCACAAGUUCCCUCUGGACAACGACCUCUGCAUCGCUGUGCAGUUCGGGCACCUGCCCGCCACCGCGCCUCCAGUGACCAAGAUCUGCGCCCAGUGUGAGAUGGAGCACAGCGCUGAUGGCCUCAUGGAGCAGAUGUGCUCCAGCGACUUCGUGGUCAAAAUGCGCAUCAAGGAGAUGAAGAUAGAGAACGGGGACCGGAAGCUGAUUGGAGCCCAGAAAAAGAAGAAGCUGCUCAAGCCGGGCCCCUUGAAACGCAAGGACACCAAGAGGCUGGUGCUGCACAUGAAGAACAGCGCCGGCUGCCCCUGCCCGCAGCUGGACAGCCUGACCGGCAGCUUCCUGGUCAUGGGCCGCAAAGUGGACGGACAGCUGCUGCUCAUGGCCGUCUACCGCUGGGACAAGAAGAACAAGGAGAUGAAGUUCGCAGUCAAGUUCAUGUUCUCCUACCCCUGCUCCCUCUACUACCCCUUCUUCUAUGGGGCAGCAGAGCCCCACUGAAGGGCGCUUCUCCCUGCCCCACCCAGCCAGCUGUGCCUUGCCUGCUGUCCCCCCCCUGGGGUAUACUCUCUCCUCCUGCCCACCUGGCCUCCCCGACUCCCAGGCUGACCCAGGCCCUGCCAGAGAGUGGUUCUUGCAGAGCUGUUACCGGCACAGGCCCUAAGGGAUGGGCAUCUAACCAGGCUGUCCUUGACCAAGGUUCUGGGGUCCUUGGAGGAUUCCUCCCAUAGGAGCAGGGCUUUCUCAUUUGGGGGGAAACCCCAGGGUCUCAGAAAGUAGGCAGAGGGAAGAGAGAGCAAGGGAAGGGUGGAGGGGCUCUGAGCAGCCCUUGUAGACAGCGGUGUCAGCUCCCCUCUCUUGGCGGUGGGGACUUGCCUGGGAAAGUCUUGGAAUUAGGUUGAGCUCCUUGGGGGAAAGUUCUCAGCCCCCACUGCCCCUUCAUGUGUCUUCAUCAUAGGCCCCCAAAGGAAAGGUGUUGGGGUCACAGUGCCCUCCAGCCAUACCUCCCCACCUUCCCUGUCUCUGCCUGUUUCCCUUCCCGCUGGCCUGGGGAGAAGCCCUGCCCAACCGCCUCUCAGAGGCUCACCCCUCAGCCUCCGCAUGUCCCUUUUAUCCUGAUGACCAGUAAAUUAUUGCUACUUAUUCAAGGCCCUAGGUACUAGACUAAUGCAGGUAGGGUUUGGUUUUCUUUUUCUUUUUUUUUUUUUUAAGUUUUUAAUUAAAUCAAAGAAAACAAA